AUGGAGGCACAAGUGGAUAGGCUUGUUGAGAAGGCCUGGAAGAUGUACGAGCAGACACCUUCAGAUAAACGCCUGUGUCGACCACCCCUUCAAUUGACCAUUGGGGACAACGAUUGCGCUCUCAAAUAUCUUUUCCUUUAUUCAAUUAUGCAUCGCUCGCUAACAUGUGCUAAAGUAAUAGGGGUUGCUGGCAUCCCUGGCUCAGGUAAAACGACACUCGCCGCCAUAGUCAGCAGCCGUUUGCAAGACCGGGCCAGGGAGGCCGGGGCCAAUGGCCAAGUAUCCAUCGCCCUGUCCAUGGACGGAUUCCAUAAAACUCGCAAAGAAUUGUCGGCCAUGCCAGAUCCAGACACCGCUCAUGCUCGACGCGGUGCAGCCUAUACAUUCAAUGCCGACAAGUAUUUGGAUCUCGUUACGAGCCUAAGGGACAGCAUUGGGGCGCCUGUCCUAGCGCCAACUUUUGAUCACGCCCUCAAGGAUCCGCGGGAAGGCGACAUCAUCAUUCAAGAAGUCACCCGCAUCGUGGUAGUAGAAGGACUUUACGUUGCAUUAGAUGAGCCGGUAUGGAGAGAUGCAGGAAGGCUCUUGGACGAUAUCUGGUUUGUCAAUGUCGACUUCGAGGUGGCUCGGAAAAGAUUGCGUGAACGACAUGUGCGAGCCGGAAUUGUCAAGGAUUUAGAGGAAGGAGAUAGGAGAGCCCUCGAAAAUGAUUUAGUCAACGGAAAGGAGAUUGUGGAAAAGAAACUGCCAGUCUCCGAGAUUGUUCAAAGUAGGGAUGACGGUUCCUGGGUUCAUGAGUAG